AUGGCAGAACAGGGUGGACCAGAGAUCGACCUUGACUCAGUGAUUGAUAGACUAUUAGAAGUGCGAGGAAAUCGACCUGGUAAACAGGUCCAAUUACAAGAAUACGAAAUCAAGUUUCUGUGUACGCGAGCUCGAGAGAUCUUCAUUAAUCAACCCAUCUUACUCGAACUAGAAGCUCCUAUCAAGAUCUGUGGUGAUAUUCACGGCCAGUAUUACGAUCUACUUCGUUUGUUCGAAUACGGUGGUUUCCCUCCUGAAGCCAAUUAUCUAUUCCUUGGAGAUUAUGUGGAUCGUGGAAAACAAUCACUUGAAACGAUUUGUCUGUUAUUGGCUUACAAGAUUAAAUAUCCUGAAAACUUCUUUAUCUUACGCGGUAAUCAUGAAUGUGCUAGUAUUAAUCGGAUAUAUGGUUUCUAUGACGAAUGCAAGAGGAGAUAUAAUAUCAAGCUCUGGAAAACUUUCACAGAUUGUUUCAAUUGUCUUCCGAUCGCGGCUAUUAUCGAUGAAAAGAUCUUUACGAUGCAUGGUGGCUUGAGUCCCGAUUUACAGAGCAUGGAACAGAUCAGAAGGGUUAUGAGGCCUACAGACGUACCUGAUACCGGUUUACUUUGCGACCUACUUUGGUCAGAUCCUGACAAAGACAUCACCGGAUGGUCAGAAAACGAUCGAGGUGUCUCAUUUACGUUUGGACCUGAUGUAGUCACUAGGUUUUUACAGAAACAUGACAUGGAUUUGAUUUGCCGAGCACAUCAAGUUGUGGAAGAUGGUUAUGAAUUCUUUGCCAAACGUCAACUCGUCACCCUUUUCUCGGCUCCAAAUUACUGUGGUGAAUUUGAUAAUGCGGGUGCCAUGAUGAGUGUAGAUGAGACCUUGUUAUGUAGUUUCCAGAUUUUGAAACCCGCAGAGAAAAAACAGAAGUUCAUGUAUGCUGGUAUGAACUCUGGUAGACCGGUUACUCCACCACGAAAACAGAAGAAGAAAGAUGGUAAACCUGCAUAA